AUGACCACCCACACCACCACCACACUCCUCGCCUUCACGGCAACGUCGCCGGCAUGGCCCGCCACGCCCUCCCUCACCACCAUCAACCUCGGGCGCGACAUCGCCAUGGAAGUCCUCGCCAUAGAGGCACACCAGCACCGCCUUCGGGCACAUCAGAACCGCCUUCGGGCACUACAAGAAGGAGAGGCUACGGCCAACGAGCUCAAGGAGCUCGAGACGAUUUCCGGUGAGUUGUUGCUUUGCGUGCAGCGAUUUGAAGCGCUUUUGGAGAGAUGGGAUGGGGAGGUUUUGGGGAAGGGGGUGGAGGAGGAUGAGAGGGAGGAGGAGAUGGAGGAGGGUGAGAUGGAGGAAGGAGAGGUGAAGGAGGACGAGGUGAAGGAGGAUGAGAUGGAGGAGGAGGACGACGACGACGAUUCGCCGCCUCGCGAGCGAAGGAGGUUCGAAAAUUCGCCUUCCCCUUCGCCCGAGUACAUGCGCCGUCCGGUCGUAUACCAGGACUACCAGAACGUCCAGGGCAUCGACCCCAACGCCAUCAGCGUAGGCGACAUCGGAUGGGCGCCACUCCCGCGCAUGGCAGCCACCUCCCGCGCCACCCACAUCCCGUCGCAGUACGGCCAAAUCGUCAUCAAGGUCUACCCAUUCAUCAUCGUCAAGAAGAUGAACGACUGCAUGAUUGGCGUGGUCAUCUCGUCUGCCGGCGGCAAUGGUCUCCGCUACAAGCAAGACUCGCUGCGGGCGCGCAAUCCCGUACAACACGAGGUGGAAGGCGGACGGGCGCCUGACGCAUGUGAGUAA